UCUCAUCUCUGCUGAAAAAUGGAUUACCUUGGAGACAAACUGACAGUGGCACAAACUCACAUGACCCAGUGGAUGGGCACAGUGCGGAGAUCCUUACAGGAAGCACUAAAUUUAGUCACUACUGCGGUUGCUCAUGAACGAACUAGCGGGGAAGGUGGAAGCAGGACUCCCUUCAAGCGAACCUCCUCCUUCAGGCACUUUGCAUCCCGGAGCAGAGAGUCCUUCCGAAGGUUUUCAGUGCGGAGUCAGCAGAGGUUUUCCUCUUUGAGGAAGAGGCAGACCAGUUCAGAGCCACCUGAGCUUGAUCAGCUGAAGCAGUGCUUCUCCAGACAGCCCUCGGGAGCGAAGGACACAGACACGCUCGUGCAGGAGCCCGACAGCCAGUACGGCACCUGGCACGAGCAGCGGCACAGUGGGGACAGCUUUGUGCCCGAAUCUCCUUUCUCGGAAAACGAUGUCGUUUCGACGAGAAAGCAACCUCCAAAUAGCCACCCGUCUUCACUGUCCUCUCAAACGGAACCUGCCUCCCUGGUUGAUCACCAUGACUUCUCUAAAGACCGAAGGAGCACAAGUUUGGACCGUUCUAGCACUGACAUGGACUCUACUGAUGGGACUGACUUACCUCCUCCAGGAGACACCUACCCUGAUGAAAAGACCACUGAUUUCUCUUUCAUUGAUCAAACCACUAUUCUGGACUCCAGUGCACUGAAAACUCGUGUACAGCUCAGCAAAAAGAGACGCCGUCGGGCUCCUAUUUCCCACUCUCUUAGAAGAAGCAGAGGGCUGGAGUUUGAAAACAGAUUUUCUUUGACGGAAGAACCAGAUAAUACCUGGAUGUUUAAAGAUUCCACAGAAGAGAAGAAAACUAUGCAACAGGAAGAUUCUGAUGAGGAAGAGAAGAUACAGCAUACUGCGAGAUCGUCCUCUGUACAAGCUCAGAGACUUCCCGUAUUUCCAGGAAUGGACCACUCCGCUCUCAAGGCCCAACUGCGGAAAAGACAAGAGUCUGAGAGUCCUGGUGAAGUAAGUUCUGCUCAGCUGUUCAAAUCCCCUAAACCACAACUGCAGCUUGGAACUCCUGGUAGCAGACUGCUGCCCUCCAGCGUAGAGAAGGAGGACAGGUCAGAAGAAAAGUCUCCUCAGUGGCUGAAGGAGCUGAAAUCAAAGAAGAGACAGAGCCAUUACGAGAAUCAGGUUUGAAAAGAUAGUGAUGCUAACUAGAAGAAGAUAAAGAAGUCUAA